AUGAUGGAGCCGGCGGGAGACCCUUCCAUGGAGGCCGCAAUUGCAUGGCUGGUGCAGACCAUCCUUGCAACGCUCCUCAUGGACAAGAUGGAUGAUUGGAUUCGGCAAGUCGGGCUUGCCGACGACGUCGAGAGGCUCCAGUCUGAGGUCGAGAGAGUCGACAUGGUGGUGGCUGCUGUGAAGGGGAGGGCAGCCGGGAACAGGCCUCUGUCCCGGGCUCUCGCUCGUCUCAAGGAGCUUCUAUACGACGCCGACGACGUGGUCGACGGCCUCGACUACUACAGGCUUCAACAGCAGGUCCAAGGAGAUACAAGGGACGAGCCCGAAGAAGGUAUGCAUCGAGCAGAGCUAGUCCACGAGACCUCGAGGAGCGAAGCUGAUACACCAAAUACAAGUGUUGGCAAAUUACGGUCCGUGGUGUGGGAGCACUUUAAGAUCACAGAAAAAGUUAACGGAAAACCCGUCAAAGCAAUAUGUAGACACUGCAGCAAUGAGUUUAAUUGCGACUCGAAGACGAACGGGACUUCAUCUAUGAAAAAACAUUUGGAGAAAGAGCAUCCCCUGACUUGUACCAAGAAACCUCCUGGAGCACAUCCGCCAAACCCUUCAAGGUGUAGAUACACCUCUUGCCUUAUAUGGGCACAUUUUCGAUAA